AUGGGUUGGGUUCACAAGACCAACCAAACAAUUGCCAAGUCAGCAUUUGGCAGGUACUUCAGACUUGAGGGAUCUGGUCAUCACCGUUCGCGUGAUGGAUCUUUCUUCUUCACCGAGGUUCGCGCCGGUCUCGCUACCUUCUUCGCUAUGGCAUACAUCAUCGCCGUCAACUCCUCUGUAGUUUCAGACACUGGCGGUACCUGUGUUUGUCCUCCUACCAGCCUCGACGCCUGCGCUACCGAUAUCACAUACAACCUUUGCAAGCAAGAGAUCCGUCGUGAUCUGGUCACUGCAACUGCUGCCAUCUCUGCCUUGACCUCCUUCGCCAUGGGCUUGUUCGCGAACCUGCCUCUAGGUCUGGCACCUGGUAUGGGCAUCAAUGCAUACUUCACCUACACCGUUGUUGGCUUCAACGGAACUGGCCUUGUUCCUUACAGGAUUGCCCUAACCGCAGUCUUUGUUGAAGGUCUUCUCUUCGUCGCUCUGACCCUUCUGGGUAUCCGUCAAUGGCUCGCUCGUGCGAUCCCCACUUCGAUCAAGCUGGCUACCGGUGUCGGCAUUGGUCUUUACCUUACGAUCAUUGGAUUCUCAUACAGCGCUGGUGUUGGUCUUAUCACUGGCGCCUCGGCCACACCUCUCGAGAUCGCUGGCUGUUCAUCGCAGUACCUUACUGUGAACGACGGCCUUAUGUGCGAUCCUAGCUACAAGAUGAGAUCACCCACUAUGUGGAUCGGUAUCUUCCUUGGUGGCUUUUUGACCGUCUUCCUUAUGAUGUUCCGUGUCAAGGGCGCAAUCAUUGCCGGCAUCCUGCUCGUUUCAAUCAUCUCCUGGCCUCGUGGCACUGAUGUUACCUACUUCCCCCAUACCGAGUUGGGUGACAGCAGUUUCGACUUCUUCAAGAACGUUGUUACCUUCCGCCCUAUCAAAAACAUUCUCGCCGCUCAGGAGUGGGACGUAAGUUCUCACGGUGGUCAAUUCGGUCUUGCCCUGAUCACCUUCCUCUACGUCGAUAUUCUCGACUGUACUGGUACUCUCUACGCCAUGGCCCGCUUUGCUGGCGUUAUGGACGAGAAGACCCAGGACUUCGAGGGCAGUGCUACCGCCUAUUUGGUUGAUGCCGUUGGUAUCUCGAUCGGUUCUCUCUUCGGAACUUCGCCUGUAACUGCGUUCAUCGAGUCUGGUGCUGGUAUCUCCGAGGGUGGCAAGACUGGUAUUGCAGCCAUGGUCACCGGUGUUUGCUUCUUCAUCUCUAUCUUCUUCGCCCCUAUUUUCGCUUCUAUUCCUCCUUGGGCUACCGGUGGUACGCUUAUCAUCAUUGGCUCUCUGAUGGCCAAAUCCGCUGCCGAUAUUAACUGGAAGUACAUGGGCGAUGCCAUCCCGGCCUUCCUUACCAUUGCCACCAUGCCUUUCACAUACUCAAUUGCCUAUGGUCUGAUUGCUGGUAUUAUGUCCUACAUCCUCAUCAACACCACUGUCUACAUGAUCGAGAAGGUCUCAGGAGGCAAAGUCGUUCCUCAAGACAAGCAAUUCAAGGAGCCAUGGACCUGGAGACUCGACGGCGGACUUUUCCCUCCAUGGGUCGUCCGCGCUGCCAAGGGAAAGAAGGAUUUCUGGAAGCCAUACGAGAUGGUGGAUCACGCCAGCAGUGAGCAUGAGUCUGUCACAGAAGUGCCUAGUUCAGGUGCCGCCAAAGGUCUCGGUCCUGAAGAGGGAAGCAGUGCAAGCAGCAAGAUACUCAAAAGCAGUAAUUUCGAUGCCAUAUAG